CAAAAUGGGAGACUUUUACAACGACGAUAUUAUGGUGGAUGAACAUCACAACCCCUUUGAAGAGAAGAAGGAGUUCAAGAAGAAAAAGAAGAGGGGUGGUGGAUUCCAGUCAUACAACCUCUCAAACUUUUUGUUCAGAGCUGUCAUGGCAAUGGGAUAUAAGCUACCUACCCCAAUUCAGAGAAAGACUAUUCCUACUGUUUUGGAAGGACAGAAUAUUGUGGCAAUGGCAAGAACUGGAAGUGGAAAGACAGGAGCCUUCCUGAUUCCUAUGAUAGAGAAAUUGAAGUGCCACUCCCAAAUUGUAGGAGCAAGGUGUGUUAUUUUAUCCCCUACCAGAGAAAUCGCAAUGCAAACAGCGAGUUUCUUCAAGUCUUUUUCAAAAUUUACUGAUUUAAGGUAUGCUUUACUUGUAGGAGGAAAUGAAAUGGAGACUCAGUUUGAGAAAUUAGCCCAGAAUCCUGAUGUUAUUAUUGCUACCCCUGGUAGACUUAUGCAUCAUAUCAAUGAGGUUGGAUUAAGUUUGAACAUGGUCGAAAUCGCUAUCUAUGAUGAAGCAGAUAGAAUUUUCGAGAUGGGAUUUGCUGAACAAAUUGUCACUAUCAACAACAAAAUGCCUAAAAAUAAGCAGAUCUUGCUAUUCUCUGCAACUAUUCCACCAUCACUUGCUAACUUCACACUGUCUGGAAUUGGGGAUUACAAAAUGAUUAAGCUUCACCAGGAAUAUACUCUCUCAGAUCAGUUAAAAUGUCAUUUCUUUAUUACUAGAUCCACUGAUAAGCCUGCUGCUUUACUCUAUCUGCUGAAAGAGCAUAUAAAGGAAGAAGAGCUCACAAUUAUCUUUGCUGCUACUAAGUAUCAUGUGGAUUAUCUCCAGCAGCUACUUCUUACUGCUGGCUUAAAGUCCAACUAUAUCUAUGGUGCUAUGGACCAGUCUCAGAGAGAAAAUGCAGUUGCUCUGUUUAGAAAGAAGAGGUUCCCUAUCCUUAUUGUCACUGAUGUAGCUGCUAGAGGUAUAGAUAUUCCUUUCUUAAGCAAUGUUAUCCACUAUGACUUUCCUCCUUCAAUGAAGUUGUUCAUUCAUAGAUCAGGAAGAACAGCAAGAAAUGGUCAGAGUGGAAGAUCAUUCAGUCUUCUGACUAAACACGAGCUUCCUUUCCUCAUUGAAGCUAGUAUUUAUGUUGGAAGAAAAUAUGUCAAUAAUGUCGAUGAGCUCAGCCCUGAAGAUAGAAAAGAAGCUCUUGAAAAUCCAUCGAUCAGUCUUUACGGUCAAAUCCUCCAGAAAGUUCUUGAUACCUACAGCUCAGAUGUAGAGACUGCUUAUGACAGAAACAGCAACCUUGAAGCCCUUGAGAAAGUCAUGAAAAAUGCCUUAAAGAAAUACAACAAGCAUAAAAACUCUGCUUCAACAGCAUCUGUGAAGACUGCUAAAGAGCUGGGUAUCAUUGGAAUUCACCCACUGACUCUAAACAGAGUCGGCACUGAAGAUGCGGCCUUAAUGAAUUUCCAAAAUGCCAUAAAAUCAUUCAGGCCAAAGAUGAACGCCAUUGAAUGCAUGUAUACCAGAUACAAGCAGGAUAAAGAUCUUGAAAGACUCCAAGACAUCCUUAACAAACAAAAGAAAGAAAUUAACAAAAGAGAUGUUCAACAAAAGGUUAAAGAACAAGCUCAAAAGCUCAAGGAAGAAGCUGAAGAAGAUAUUUACAAAAAAGAAAGAAAAGCAGCUGAGAGACAGAAGAAAAUUGAAGAGGCCAAUGCUCAGUUAGAAGAUAAAUCUCAGAAAAAGCUUAACUUGUCUGCCCAUGAUAGGAAGAAACUCAAAAAGAUGAACAAGAAAGAGAGGCAGAUGUUCUUCGAAGCUUUGAAGGAAAAUCCAAAGAAGAAUAAACGCCAGAAAAUUGCUGAAGAAGGCUCAGACAAAAAGUCUGAGUUCUAUAUUACUUAUGACAAAGAUGAGAAAGCAGAGAAUAUGUGGGGCAAGAAUGAGAAGUUCAAUAUGGAGGACCUUAAUCUCAACCUCUUACCUGAUGAUGAGAAGAGUCUCCUCAAGACUCAACAAUCAAUGAAAUGGGAUGCCAAAAAGAAGAAAUAUGUCCAAGUCAAUGAAAGAAAAGAUGGAUCAAAGAUUAAGAACGAAGCUGGAAAGGUAAUCAACUACAAGAAGGAUAAAGAUCCAGAACUUUACAAGAAAUGGGUCAAAAGAACGCAUCUAAAGAUCCAAGAUACAGGUGAGCAUGAGGACAAGAGAACAGUUGAUAAUGCUCAACAGUUCCAUCAGGGUAGAAGAGACAUGAAGAGAAUGGGCAAAAAGGCUUCCAACAUUAAGGGUAAAGACAAACAACAGGUCCGUAAGAUGGAACAAAUCGAGAAGAUGAAGAAAAAGAAGCGUAAGGUGAAGGAAUUGCAAAAGGGCAAAAGAAGAAAUCCAAAUUCUGCAUCAUCCAGGGCAUUUCAGAAGAGAAUUCAAAACAAGGUUGAAGCAAGAUCAAGACCUACCAGAUCAAAAAUCAUCUUGAGUGCAAGAAAGUAGAUUAUCAUUUCAUGCAACGCGACAUAUGGAUU